AUGGACAGCGCGGCCGGCGCCGCCUUCGCCCCGGACAAGCCGGCGCUGGGCCCGGGGCCGCCGCCGCCGCCGCCGCCGGCAGCGCUGGGGCCCGGCGACUGCGCCCAGGCGCGCAAGAACUUCACCGUCAGCCACCUCCUGGACCUGGAGGAGGUGGCGGCGGCCGGGCGGCUAGCGCCGCGCCCCGCGGCCAGGGCAGAGGCGCGGGAGGGCGCGGCGCGCGAGCCGUCCGGGGGCAGCAGCGGCAGCGAAGCGGCGCCGCAGGACGGUGAGUGUCCCAGCCCCGGGCGCGGCGGCGCCGCCAAGCGGAAGAAGAAGCAGCGGCGGAACCGCACCACGUUCAACAGCAGCCAGCUGCAGGCGCUGGAGCGCGUGUUCGAGCGCACGCACUACCCCGACGCCUUCGUGCGGGAGGAGCUAGCCCGGCGCGUCAACCUCAGCGAGGCGCGUGUCCAGGUCUGGUUUCAGAACCGCCGGGCCAAGUUCCGCCGAAACGAGCGGGCCAUGCUGGCCAACCGCUCAGCCUCGCUGCUCAAGUCCUACAGCCAGGAAGCCGCCAUCGAGCAGCCCGUGGCUCCCCGGCCCACUGCCCUGAGCCCCGAUUAUCUCUCCUGGACGGCCUCGUCCCCCUACAGCACGGUGCCGCCAUACAGCCCAGGAGGCUCAGGCCCUGCGACCCCGGGGGUCAACAUGGCCAACAGCAUCGCCAGCCUUCGUCUCAAGGCCAAGGAGUUCAGCCUGCAUCAUAGCCAGGUGCCCACGGUGAACUGACAGCCAGCCCCACCAGGCCCCCGCUGCCUCCCUGGCUGCCUCCCCGCUGCCUCCCUGGACAGGCUGGGUGGGCUCUCCUGGCCCCUCUCUUCAGCCUGGACUUCUGAGCCCAAGAGGCUGCUGAGAUGCCCAGAGCCUGGCUCAGCCCUUCAUCCACGGCCACUGGAGACUGCGGCCCCUGACCCUGGAGGUGCUGGGCUGGAAGGUUGGAGCAGCGGCUCACCAAGGACCUCACUUACUUUGUGUAUUAAAGCCAAAAAGCUGUUGUCUUUAAGAAAUAAAAAAAAAAAUUUUAAGCCCCAAAAGAUUGCGGGAGGGCGGACAAGGGCAGCAAACCAAUGAAGGGACGGCCUUUUGGGGCCAGCUGCCCUCGUCUGUGUGCCUCUUUCUGCAGGAAGUCCUCCAUCACCCUGUAGAGCCCCAGGGGUGGGGAGCCGGGUAGGAAGACAGAGACCUGCCCUGGAACCCCGGCACCCGGGUGUUUGGGAGAAACCCCGAUGUGUGACCCUGGCCAGGACCCGAACCCUCUCUGUGCAGGGAGUGUCUCCCCUGCCCUAUGGCAGGAGCAGAGGGUGUGUGGAGGCAGACGCUAAAAUUAAAUCCCUUGCUGCUGGGCAUGCAGAAGCUGGGGGUCCCCUGGGCAUUUGACUGUGGGGGACCCAGGCAGAUGGCCCAGAAUGUCGGGGUGCAGAGUGGAGGACCCAGGUGGGCUCACAGGACAGACAGGUGGUCCUAACAGACAGGGCCACCAGAGACCUUCCAAGUCCUCCAACCUACCGUUUCAGAGAUGGUCACUGGGGGUGACAGAAGACACAUGUGCCACCAGGCACUGACAUCACUUAUGAGGAGUGUGCAGAAAACUGUGGGGUGAGGGGAAUGGUCUGAAGCCAGCCCUCUCCACCUGGCCCCGUGCCACACCUGCUGAUGGGCGCACCCUCCAGGGAAGUUAAGAGAUAAUUUCUGGGAAUUCCCUGGUGAUCCAUCCGGUGGUUAGGACUCGCUGUUUUCACUGCCAGGGCCCGGAUUCCAUCCCUGGUGGGGGAACUAAGGUCCCAAAAGCCAUGCGGCCGGAAAAAAUAAAAUAUAAUAAAGUGAUCAUUUCUGCAACCA